AUGCGCCGAUUUCUCGUAUGGCCAGCAGGAAUGAUAUGGCCUACCGUUGUUGUUGAUUGUGCAGUACUUCAAGCGUUACAUGAAGGUGAAAGCGAUGAUAACGAUUCAAUUCAUUCAACAUGGAAACUUAGUCGAUCUAAAUUCUUUUUAAUUGUGCUGUUUAUUACAUUUGUUUAUUCUUGGUUGCCCACUUACUUUAUGCCUAUUUUAACAUUCUUUUCGUUAUUAUGUUUUAUGAAUAAAAAUAAUCUGGUAUUUGGUCAGUUAACUGGUAUGCAAGGGCUGAGCAUGGGUGCAUUACGUCUUGAUUGGAACGCACUUACAUUCGUUUUUCCAUCACCAAUUUUUUAUCCGUCGUGGGCUCUUUGUAAUAUAUUUGUGGGUUUCGUUGUCAUAUUUUGGAUAAUAGUUCCUCUUUUGUAUUAUACAAAUACAUGGAAUUCAAAAAUACUGCCUAUAUAUGCACAAGAUGCAUAUACUCUAAAUGGUACUAUAUAUAAUUAUACGUUCAUUGUAAAUAAAAGGGCUGAUUUAAAUCAAACAGCUUAUGAACACUAUAGUUCUGCUCACUUGACACCGAUACUCUUAGUCAAUUUUUGUAUUCAUUUUACUCUUAUAACAGCAGUCAUUGUACAUACCGUAUUACAUCACGGUAGAUAUAUAAAAAAACAAUUUUAUAUGUCAUUUGAUGAGGCAGUAAAUGAUGUGCAUGGAAAAUUAAUGUCAAAAUUUAAGGAAGUACCAGAGUAUUGGUUUACAACACUAUUUAUUUUAUGCUUUCUUUUCUCAGUGAUUGUUUGUCAUUCUGGUCGUUUGAUGCCAUGGUAUUAUUUAUUUUUACUUGUAGCAAUUAACUUUCUGUUUCUAUUACCAGCUGGUUUUAUUAAAGCAAUAUCAGCACAAGAUAUUGAUUUAGGAAUAUUAUUGGCACUUAUUGGUGGUUUUAUUAUGGACGGUGAUGGAAUCGGUAACAUGACAUUUCGAACAUAUGGUUAUAGUAUGCAACGUAAUUCAUUAACGUUUUUAUCCUGCUUAAAGCUUGGUCAUUAUAUGAAAAUUCCACCUUGUGCAAUGUUUUUAAUGUUAAUAUUAAGUUCAAUAGUUGGUUGCAUAGUUAGUUAUUUUACAGCAUAUUGUAUGUCGAAAUUCUUUCUUAAUGUUUGCUUGACGUUCACUUGGUAUUGUACAAAUGCUAGAUUUCUUCUACAAAUGUCUAAUUUAUGGGGCAUAAUUGGUGCACCUAAUGUACUUAAAACUUAUAAAUUUUUACGAUAUUUCUUUCUAAUCGGUGCAUUAAUCACUGUUCCACCUUGGUUGUUAAGUAAGAAAUAUCCAAAAAUCGAAUGGCUAAAAUGUGUACAUUUUCCAGUUAUGUUAGCAACACUAACACAAAUUCCACCGUCACGUCCCGGUACUAUUCCAACAUGGUUGUUAAUCGGUUUCCUUUUCAAUUUCGUAUUCUAUAAAUAUGCGAACAAUUGGUGGCACAAGUAUGCAUACAUUUGUUCGGCUGGACUCAGUACGGGUGUUAGUAUGGCCCUUAUUAUUAUUUCAUUCAUCCCACCAUUUCCUUAUUAUUGGUGGGGCAAUGCUAAAGCAGCAAUUAAUAUUGAUGGAUGUCCACAUUCAACACAAGUUUUUACUAAGUAUAGUGGGUAA